AUGAGAUCCAAUAAAUCUCAAGCAACAUCAUCACAUUCAUCAUCAUCAUCAUCAUCGUUGUUAUUAUCAAGUAAAAAUCAAUUAGAAAAACGUGGACCAGAAUUUUUGGUUGAACCACCUAAUUUGGUGAUAUUUUUAAAUGAUACUGGCUGUAUUCUAACCUGUAGUGCCAAAGGAAUACCAGCACCAACAAUCACAUGGACAAGAGCCGAUGGAACACCAUUAAUACAGAUAAAUGGAUUACGACAAAUACGUAAAGAUUUACUUACAACACAGCUUGUAUAUUUGCCAUUUUCAGCAUCAUCAUAUAGACAGGAUGUUCAUUCAGGUAUCGUACGUUGUGUGGCCACCAAUCAAAUUGGAUCCAUUCAAAGUCAAGAUGUACAUAUUCGUGCCAGCGUUCGACAGCCAUAUGAAAUUCAAGUUUAUGAUGAUUUCGCCAUUGAAGGAAAUACUGGAAUUCUUCGAUGUCAUAUACCAAGCUUUGCACGCGAAUACGUUCAUGUAACAAAUUGGUUACGUUAUGGCGAUGAUGAUCAUCCGAUAACUUCGGAUUUAAUUAAAGGUGGACGUUACAGUGUUAUGCCCAAUGGCGAGCUUCAUGUACAUAGAAUCUACAAUGAUGAUGGCAUCGAUGAUGAAAAUAAUGAUGAUGAUGAUGAUGAUAUGAAAAAAGAUCGACAUCAUCAUAGUCAUAAACGGAAGAAAAAAAUGAUGUUCCGGUGUCAAACAAAACACACUUUGAGUGGAAUGAUUAAAUUAAGUGCCAAUUAUGUACGACUGAUUGUCACAAAACCACAGACAAAAAUGCCGCCAAAAAUUAUGGCCAAUAGUCCUGGUAGACAAAAAAUCAUAGCUAAUGUUGGUCAAACAAUCGAGUUGCCUUGUGUGGCCCAAGCACAACCUUGGCCAUUAUUUACAUGGUAUCGUGCCACACCAACCUCAAACGAUUUCCAGUCUUCCCAUCAUAGUUUACUAUCGUCGGUAAUCGCUGUAAACAGAUUACAACGGCUCCAGGUAUGGAAAUUUCAAGUUCCACCAAACGACAAAUCAAUUGUUAUCAAUGACAAGAAUGAAUUGCUCAACGGAGAUCAGUACAUAACACCAUAUCGCCUUAGUCGUGCUGGUCGAUUCGUUCAAGUGGAUAGUUCGCUUUUCAUUCGUGAUGCAACCGUUGCCGAUUCUGGUCUUUACGUCUGUGUUGCCAACAAUUCACUGGGCGAAGAUCGCAUCGAAAUGGAAUUGGUUGUCAAGGCUCCGUUGAGUGUAACCAUGAUUCCAUCACACAUAUUAGCUUCCGAUGGCGACACUGUCACAUUCAAUUGCACGAUAACCGGAGGCUCGCCUAUUCAACAAAUUCAUUGGCGUAGGAAUGCCCGGCCAUUAAUGGUGGCUCAAGCAACAACAACGAGUGCUCGUCAACAUCCUAACCAUCGUGUGCAUUUAUUGCACCAGGAUCGAAUGCUUCAGAUCCGUCAAGUUCGUCGUGAAGACCGUGGCAUGUUUCAAUGCAUCGUCAGCAAUGAAUUUGAAUCGGUUCAAGCCAGUGGUGAGUUGGCAUUGGCUGAUGAUCCUCCAACGUUCAUCACGGUUUUCACGAUCACGGAACCACUGCGCCCUGGUAAAUCUUUCUCGAUCAAAUGUUCAGCUACGGGAACACCUUUGCCGCAGAUUGUCUGGACGCUUGAUGGUGCUCCAUUGGUCGAAAAUGGACGAAUUCGAGUUGGUGAUUACGUUAAUGGCGACGGUAUUGUCAACAGCUUCGUCAACAUAAGUUCUCUUCGUGCAGAAGAUGGUGGCAUAUAUUCGUGCACAGCAUCCAACGACGUCCACUCGAUUAGUCACUCUGGUCGCAUUAACGUCUACGGACCGGCAUUCGUACGUCAAAUGAAAAACCUGACUGUCAUUUCCGGUCACACAGUCCAUCUGCAUUGUCCGGCGGCUGGUUAUCCACUUGAAUCGAUUGUCUGGUUCAAAAAGUCGUCGUCUAGUGAUCAAGGUAACCGUUUGCCACAGAACCAUCGCCAUAAGUCGCUGCUGAAUGGCACGCUGGUCAUCGAAAAAAUCGAACGUAACACGGAUGAAGGAGCUUACCGUUGUGUGGUGACUGGGCCCAACGGCUCCAGUUCGGCCAGUGCUGAGCUGUUCAUUCGAAUUCUGGUUGCACCCGUCAUCAGCCCUUUCAGUCCACCACCCAAUCUUCGAGAAGGCAUGCGAGUAAUGCUUACCUGUUCGGUAGUCGAGGGGGAUUCUCCAGUGCUAAUCCACUUCCUGAAGGAUGGUGAGCCUAUCCACGACACCCAAAGCAGAAGUGACUCACGCAGAAUCAAGUUGGAUGUAACCAACGAAUUUUCGGCCACCUUGUUCAUAUCUUCAGUGGUUGCUGAAGACUCUGGAAACUAUACCUGCAUCGCAUCCAACAUGGCAGCUGUCACAACAUACUCGAUUGUCGUCAAAGUCAACGUGCCUCCCAAAUGGAAAAUUCCGCCUACUGAUACCGAAGCCAUUGAAGGCCAAAAUGUGGUCAUUGAUUGUUCGGCCAGCGGUGAGCCUCGAAUCUGGUGGGAACGGGCUCAUGACAAAUCCCAGAGCUUAGCAUCCUUUUCCGGCCUAUCUUCGUCGUCGAUAAGUCCAACCAACGGAGAACAAGCGACUAUCGUUCAUUACUUCCGCACUGUGGUCAGCAACUCUCACAUGCAUACCCUGGAAAAUGGUAGUCUCAUGAUUCGUGACGUGACUGAAGAAGAUUCCGGCGUCUAUCUCUGUCAAGCCAACAAUGGCGUAGGCUCGGGAUUGAGCAAAGUUAUCACACUCAAAGUCCAUGUGCCUGCACACUUCAAAAGUAAAUUCUCGGCUCACACCGUUCAGAGAGGAGAUUCUACAGAAUUCUCUUGCGAUGCCUAUGGCGAAUUGCCCGUUUCGAUGCAAGUUGCCAAGGACAGAAUGCCACUCGACUUUGGCUCUGUGUUUGAUCGGUUAUCAUCGGAUCCGUCGCUUGAACAGCAGACACUGCACACAGAUAAUCGAUAUCAAUUGCUGAAACGAGUUACAGGUCAGUCGGAUAGAGCAAUCACUUCAUACAUUGUCCGUAUCACAAACGUCGAUCGCCGUGAUUCUUCACUGUUCACGUGCUUGGCCACCAAUAAUUUCGGCAAGGAUGAAUACAACUUUCAACUGAUAGUCCAAGAACCACCUGGAAAGCCGGAAAACGUGCACGUGUUGGAACUAGACAGUCGGUCUGCUGUUAUUGCUUGGUCCCAGCCAUAUUCUGGAAACAGCCCGGUCAUUGCAUUUCAUGCAGAGUAUCGCCAAUGGUUGGAAACAUUGCCCUCAUGGCAUCAUUUGGAUGCAACAGCCGAACUACAGCAGCAGAUUAUAAACGAACAAAAUGGUAAACUACACCAGCCAUCAUCGAAGACGCCAGGCACAAUAUUCCGUCAAACUUUGGUGGGAACAGAAUCGUCAAUCAGUCUUCGUUCUCUCAAGCCAAUGACCACCUAUGAAGUUCGAAUUCAAGCCGAAAACAAAUUGGGUUUUGGUCCAUUUCAGAUGCCACCACUUAAGAUCACGACUAAAGAAGAAGCGCCAUCUGGUCCUCCGUUAAACAUUCAUGUGUAUCCAUCAAGUGCACAUUCGCUACAGGUUACAUUCCAACCGCCUCGGGUUGAUCAUCAAAAUGGUCAGAUUCUGGGCUACUAUGUCGGCUACAAAGCGGUCGAUCUGGAUGAACACUUCAUGUUUAAGAAAGUUGUUGAGGAAAAAUCCUUACAGCCUUCGACUCAAAGCAAAGAGGUGAAGAUUACUGAUCUUCGCCGCGCGACAAAGUAUUUGGUCAUCGUCCAGGCUUUCAAUAGAAUCGGUCCUGGACCACAAUCAGAGGAGAUCAUCGGUGAGACUCUUGUGAACGAUCCUCCGCGAGCACCCAUUUUGACAUCGGUCAACGUCAACUACGAUUCAGUUGAGCUUAGCUGGUCGAUAGAAACAACCGACGAUUCGUACGCUGCAGAGCAGCAAACAUCCAACUCGAACGUACCAGAAAUUACCGGUUACUUCCUGUAUGCGAAGUCUUCCCAAUCUGGAGAGUGGGAAGAGCGACAAGUUGAUUCGCAACAGAAUUCAUACACGUUCACGAAUCUAUUGUGUGGCACACAAUAUCAGUUCUAUGUUAUUGCCUACAAUAACGUAGGUAAAGGCGAUCCUAGUCAGGCGAUUGCUGUUAGAACCAAAGGAUCUGUACCGAUAGCGCCUAAAAAUUGGAAUUCUUUCAUUACGGUCAACUCAACCGUAGCAAUGAUUCGUCUGGAUGCCUGGCUCGUGAACGGAUGUGAGAUCAAAUACUUUGUGCUCAAGUAUCGACCGAGAAUUGAUUCCGAUUGGCUUGUCGAUUCAUCGAAAAUCUCACCUCGAGAACAACGUUUCGUUGAAUUAGUGGAUUUGCGACCAGCAACAUGGUAUCUGCUUAACAUGGCUGCUUUGACAGACAUGGGAACCACUGAGGAAACCUACAUGUUCGCUACAUUGACCAUGAAUGGUGAAACGAUUCCACCAAUAGAAACUAUUUCACGCACAUUAAAAUCGGCCAAUUCUAUAUCGGCAUCUUCAGGCUCUAUGGAUCCAGGCGGUGGAGCGAAUACGCUUAGUUCAAUGCAAUCAUUGACCAUUGUCAUACCGGCAACUUGUUCUGUGAUAGUUCUUACUGUGAUCAUUCUAGUCGCCUGUUUUGUAACAGGAACCAAACACCAACGUUCAUCUCUUCAGCAUCAAUUUGAACAACAGCAACAACAACAACAACAAUAUGACGAUACACUACAUGCAACUAUGGGCAGUAAUAGCGGUGGAUUCACAUCUACACAUCCAAGCAUUAACGGGACACCUUUACGUCAUCAUUCAGAUCAAUAUUGUACUCCAUAUAGUACGACAAAUCUAUCACAAAGUGAACCACGAUAUUGCCUUACGGCGACAAAUGUACAACAACAAUUGCCAUCAUAUGGGUUCUGUGUGUCCAAUGAAAGCGUCUACGAACUACCCACUGUUAUGCCAUCAAAUAAAUUUGAAUUGGUAUCAACAACGACAGCCGCAACAUCGGGCAAUGAGAUAGAAUUGUUUAAUCAGAAUUCAGCACAAACUAUGAACUAUGCUACUCUCAAAAAACGAAAUAUUGUCCAAAAUGAACAAAUUAUAAGUGAUGUUGACGAUGAAGAUAAUGGACCAUCAUUCAAAGGAAAAUCAACGGUGACGGCGAUGAUGACAACGUGUUUGGAUUCAAAAUUGAUCUGUGAUAAUGAUAAUAGCAAUAACAAUAACAACAAUCAAAUUGCGAUAAAAUCACAACAGAAACUACCACAAUCAUAUAAUCAUCAUCAUGGUAUACUUCAAGCAAAUAAUGCAGCCACGAAAAAUAUUCUAUCGCCAAUGAUAUGGCUAUUGGUUGGCUGGUGGAAAUUGAAUCUGUUAAUUUUCUAAUCAUCAUCAUCAUUUAUAAUUUCCAAAAGCAAUCGAACAAAUUCUAUAAUGUCCAUACUAUGUAUCACUGCCAAAUAAAAUCGAAUAAAAGAUAUUUUGCUUGUUUUUUCACACUUA